GGCGCUUCGGUUGAAUUAAAGUUCAGCGUUGUCUGCAGUUAGAAACUAAAACCAUAUCAAGAUCUACUCUUAUUGUUUGGUGAAUGGAAUAAACUUUGGAAGCAUCAGCUCAGUGAUUUUCAAAUUACCAUCUGCGGUUACUGUUAGCGGAUAGUUGUCAUUUUUAACGAUAUGAAAACACGUAGUGCAUUAGUAAUGGAAGCUCCAAAUAUUGCAGCAAUUGUGAAAGCUCGACACCAUGCUCGUGUUGUUUGUCCUACAAGCACCCAUCCAUCAACAAGUACGCAAAGUCAGUUAGUUUCCGGUACAAUAAAUGAUCCUUCUGAGAAUGGCAGUAAUAUGACUAACUUGUGUAAUGCACCUACAACAAGUGGUCAGACAGUCGGCGACGAGGUAAGAGUUCCAGCAGAAGACAAAGUUCAUAAGAAUCGUUCUGGUUUGUAGUAUUAUAAUAUACUGAUAUUUUUAAUAAUUAGAAAAUCCUCCUAAAUUGUUACGUGGAUCUUGGUCACCAGAUGAUCGCCGUUUAUUUUUUCAAGCAGUGAGAUUAUAUGGACGCAAUUUCAACGAAAUCACUCGUUUUAUUCGAUCUCGUAGACAUCGUACGACAGCAGAUCACCAAACUGUAACAUCAAAUAACAGUACGGAACUUAAUUCAAACAAUCCUCAUUCUGGAAAUAACCUGGCUUCUUCAAGCAGUAUGCCAACAUCUUUAGGUUCAUCUACUCUAGGUGCCCCACAUUCCAGUAAUACUUCUCAGUCGUCUACUGGUGUGAACACAGCUUUUGCCAGCAAUUCUGAUGGUAGUGGUCGAACACGUGAACAGGUUCGUUUCUUUUAUCAGCAGACAUGGCACAAAAUACGUCGUUAUGUUAAGUUUCCUGAUGAAGUUCCUCAACAUGUUAGAGAGGUCUACGCAAUUGUCAACUAUUCUGUGAUUCGUACACGUAUCAAAAAACCACUGCAUCAUCGAUUGGGUGAAAAACUCAAUGAGUUGAUUCAUUGUGGUACCACUGUAAUCAAACACAAUGGCCGUCGUUUCCUUUUACGUACUCCUGUUUGUCCUGCUUUAAAACAGUUGAACAAUAUCGCUGCCCCUACUCAUGAAUUUCAACUCCCUGAAGAUGUAUGGAUUGAAUUAGUCCCACGGACUCAUGCAGAUUUAUGGAGAGUAAUUGAAGCAGAGCAAAAUCCACGUCUACGUUUACGUGUAGAUAUUAAUCGUCAGCUAUCAGAUGUGAUUGCGUUAACAGAAAAUAAAUGGCAAUCAGCUGCUGAACGUAUGAGAACUCUUUUAGAUCUUCCAGUUGUAAAUGAAUAUACUCCUUCAUCAGUGAUGCUUACUCUUUGUCCAGCUCAGUCUAUCGAUGGAGCUAUUCGAAUACAAGAAGUGGCACGGGUUCGUUCAGGGGAUUUAGGAUUACGUGCUUAUUUAGAUCGAAUGAAUACUAAAGUACCGCCACAUCAGUUACAAUCAAAUGUGUGCAAAACAGAAAAACAAAGUACAUCACAAUCCUCAGGUUUAGUUGCUUCAAGUUCAUCAAGUGUUCUACCACAGGCGUCAUCAUCAUCAUCAUGUGCUACAAAAUUCAAUAAUAAUCCAUCAAUCAACUCAUCAUCUUCAAUCGCUGAAUUGGACUUGAGCGAUCUUGGAAAAAAAUUAUCAAUUGGUGUAACACGUGAGAUGGCUCGUGAAAUUAAAGUGGUAACUAUUUAUCUAGCUCUUGGUUGUCCAGAACGCAUACGUUUUGAAUAUCAAUUCUGUUGUUUGAAAGACAAAGAUGGACGAAAACAACAGUUGAAUUCAUUCUAUUCAAAUUUAUUACUUUGUCCACCGUUAGAUCCAGAUGGAGAGGGGAUUAGUAAUGGUUUAAGACGUCUUUUACACUUGAAUGCUAGCGAUUACCUACUUCAUCGUGAUUGGUCUUCUCGUCAUUCUACUCAAGAUAAAACGUCACUUCCCGAAACGAGUAGUUCUACACAACAACGUACUCCUUCAGCAUUAUUACCAAAACCAAUUCAACCAAGUACUUCAAGUAAUAAUACACCUACAACUGGAACAUACUUAUCUCAAAUAUCAAAUGAUUCACCUGUCGUUUUAACUAGUCAACAGCCAACCUUGACAAUGUAUCCACCUUCAAAUGCUGUACAAGUUCUUGUCAAUGGACAACCAUCAGUAGUUCAGUUGAAUUCAUCUCUGGCUGCUUCACAUCCUAUCAUUUCAUCAUUACUAACAACAAGUAGUGCCGUUAAACCACCAGUAACUUUAACGCAAAGUCCUAAAUUAGUUUUAUUACCACAAACAUGUGGUCAAAAAGUGCAAGUUCCUAUCGUUGAACGCCAACUGGAUCAUGAAAGACAACUGACAACAUCUAUAACGCCGACUCAAACAUCUUAUAUGCCACUACUAGGAAAACAAGCAACUGCAUCGUCUAAAAGUGUCUCGUUCAACUUAACAAAUGUAACAAUUCCAACGACUGUAACAACCACCACUCCAACAAUAUCAACUUCUAGUUAUUCAGUGGUAGAAGAUAAGAAACCUUCUACAUGUGCACCAUCAUCUUUAAAGUCAUUGAAAGCAUUUAAUGCACGUCGUAAAAAGAGUACUGCAGCACAAGUGCAUAAACAUUUAAAUGAAAAUUCUGCCUCAGAUAAAGAAUUACAAUCAAAACAACUACCAGCUAGUACAAUAGCUUCAAGCAGUUUUUGGCCAUUGCAUAAUACUGUAACACAUUCUCCUGCAAUUCAGUCGUCCAGCUACCCAGUACAAACAUUUCAGGUACCUAUUAACCAUGCAGAACAAGCUAACGCUGAUGUAGCAUUAAAUAAUAUUGUUUUCAAUCCUCAGUCAUCACAAAUUUUCCUACCGUCAACAUUUAGUCUAACAUCGCCGUUAAUAAAUCAAACAACUCUGCACGAUAAACUACCUCAUAUUUAUAAUGUAUCCGGUGCAUUUUCAUCUACAUCAAAUCAGUCACCUGUAAAAUCAUUUGUUACAAAAUCUAAAGGUUCUUCGAGUACAGAUGUUACUAUAGAAGAUUUACUAUUAACAUCUACAGAGACUAAUCAAUCCUCAUCAUCGUUAUGCAGUAAUGAUACACUUGCUUCCCUGUUGAAUACUAUUUGUGUACGUUAUACACCUAUACCGUCAUCAUCAUCAUCAUCUAAUCUUGAUCAUCAAAAUAUCUCAGAUGAAACGUCUAGUCGUCCAGCUGAUAAUAUUACUACAACAGUAGAAACACCUGUAUUGAAUUUAAAUACAAAAGUGGAUGAAUGCGUUUCAUUUAAAAUGGAAGAGGAUAGUCAAUUUAGAACUACUGACUCAGUGUGUAAUUAUCCACCAGGUUCUCCGUCAAUUGGUGGUGAUAUUUCAUUCACGGAUUCAAUGGCUGCUGCUGUGAUGGAUGUACAUCACAUGCAGUUAGACCAUUCAGAUGAAGAACGUAAUACAAAUGCUCAGCCUGGAUCACUUAAUUUUAUGGCCUCGAAUGUCGCGAUUCAACCUGAUGUCUAUUCUCUAGGCACAUCAUACGAAUCUGUUUUAGGAGACAAAGACAUAAAAGUUACACAGUGUAACAAUAUGAAUCAGUCUGAUUACAAGGGUAUUUCCAAUGUUGAAGUAUUUUUACGAAUGAAUACACCACAGUCCAGUCAAAAUUCACCUGGUCUUAUCUCAUCCACACCAACCACAAGUAGUGCAUCACUAUAUUGAUUUGUGUUAAUGAUGAGUCAGUUGAUGAAAUUAUGUAUAGGAUGAUUUUUUAAAAACUUCUAUUCAUCUUUUCUCUAUGCAUUUCCCAUUAUGACGCAAUGACAUUUUUUGCUUGAAAGAUGAAAAAAUGAUUACGCAAUACUCUUUGUCACUUUCGAUUCAUGCAAAAAUGUUGAAACUAUUUAUCAUUGUGCAAUACUGAUGACCAUAUUAAAUUGUGUGUAACGGUGAAAUCUAAUAUAUCACUUUUAUUUGC